AUGAGUACUUCACAAGGUAAGCAAACAGUUAUCACCAAGGGAAGAAAGAAUACUGGGGAAUUAGAAUCUGAUAUAAAAGUUCACCUAAUUAUUGAGCAUUUAGACUUGGCUUGUUUAACAUCAAUCCGCGAAUUUGCUAAAAAAAUUACACGGGAAUAUACUUGUUUGAAUAUACUCAUACAUAAUGCUGGAAUGAUGGCAACAAGUUAUAUGGAGACACAUGAUGGAUUUGAAUUACAAAUGGGUGUUAAUCAUUUGGGACCUGUCUUGUUAACUGAAUUAUUACUUCCAUUGUUAACUAGAGGUGCACCAUCGCGUAUUAUUGUUGUCGCCUCAAAUCUGUACCAACAGGGUGAAAUUGAUUUGAAUAAUUUAAACUUACGAGGAGAGAAUUAUGGUCCAUUCAAGGCGUAUAACCAGUCGAAAUUAGCUAAUGUUUUGUAUGUACGUGAACUAGCCAAUCAUUUGGAUGGUGUCAGUGUAAUACCGAUGGCCGUACAUCCUGGAGCUGUUCGAACAGAAAUAUCAUAUACAGCGAAUAAUACCUAUCAGCUGUUUCUACGUGCUGUUGGUUUAAGUCCAUGGGAAGGUGCACAAACCGCCUUAUAUUGUGUUCUAAUCAAUGAUCCAGUACCUGGUGGUUAUUAUUCGAAUUGUGAUAUUGAACAGUUAACUGAGAAAGGGAUGAAUGAAUCGCUUGGAAGAAAGUUAUGGUCAGUAUCUCGUGAAAUGGUUGACUUACCACCGAAUUUAUUAAGUUAUUCAUGAGAACUCAUUCCCUAUUUCCAUUGUUUUAAAAUAUUAUGAUUAUUAUCAUUAAUUUAUACUUUCUUCCAUCUUAUCGCUUUUCUGGUUCACAGUUUUUCUGUGACACUCUUCUUAUUCCAUCUUCCAAUGUUAUUUAUAUGAUGUUUUAAUUUUUUUAGGUUCAAAAAUAAGUUGUAUCAACUGCUAUGCAUCUUUAUCUUACUUUAGAAAACAUUGUGUAUGUGGGUCUACCGAUUAUUAUUAUUAUUAUUAUUAUCAUUAUUAUUAUUAUUAUUAUUAUUAUUAUUAUUAUUAUUAUUAUUAUUAUUAUUAGACAUCGCCUUGAUUGUGACUAUAACUCGUUCACCUGUCGGUGAUGGCUUGACAUAAUCAAUGAACUGCUUGGAUUCUAGCUUUAAAGAAAAUUAACACUAGAUUAAAAUAUCACCAUUAAAAGAUAACGAGAUUAAUCUAAAGAUGGUAACAGAAAUGCAAUAAUGAAUGACAUGUACACCUUUUUUUAAAAAUAAAACAUGAAUAUAUGCA